AUGUAUCGUGCAUCAAGUUACCUAAAAUUGUUCUCAAGUGUAUGCGUCUUAACGUUUAUCCUCCUGCUUGAAUGCCAUCACUGUGCGUAUGAGACGGAGAAUAAAAAUGUAGACCUCUUUUCGGAGGCGCACGAGCUGCUUGACCAGGGCGAGUACGCCAAAUCGUUCGCCUUCCUGAGGACAUGCGUGCACUACGACAUAAGGUGCCUAACGCUCAGUGGAGUGUUCUACUACCUGGGACUGGAGCCCGUGGAGAGGGACGUUGUCAACGCGCUGUACAUAUGGAAGGUGUGCGCAGACUACGGCAGCGCGGAUGCGCAGUUCAACCUGGGGAUUAUGUACUCGAAUUAUUUCUCCCUGCCAAACUUGUACUCAUACUAUGUGGAGGAGCCGCGGAUAGAGGAUACGUUCGUUCUGCUCAGAGUGUACCUCCGCUUGGAAGGGGUCUAUUUGAGGAGGAGAGUAGUCUACUGCUUACGAGGAGGAGGCGUUAAAUGCCAGGUGUGGGAUAGAGAAGAAGAAGAAGCGCAGGACAGAAACAACCCCAGUGAAGAGGAGAAGACUUUUCGAACCCCUCCAGUGGUGACACUCACAAGGAAGAACAAGCUAAUUGUGAAGAUAAAAAAUAUCAGAUACAACAUAGAUGAGUUGAAAUGGUAUUUUGACGAAAUAGAGAAUUUCCCGAAUAGGGAUUACCUGGAAAAGAAUGGAAAGAGAUUAAACUUCAGAAGAAAUCAUAACUUAAGUUUGCUAUACUUUUACAGUAGUAGUUUGGCUAACCAUCCAGGAAGUAUCUUAUCCUUAGGAAUAAGAUAUAUGAAUGGUUAUGGAGUGCAGAAGAAUUGCGAAACUGCAUCUAGGUACUAUCUAAAGCUAACAAACGGGAUCAUCAAUGCAGAUAAUAGAACCCAUUUCCAGAUGUCAGACUUGAUUAAACUAAACAUACCACAUUAUGAUCACUACAAUAUCAAUAAUAAGAAAAUCAGAAAUAUAGAACUGUUUUUGGAAACCUCUCUACAUGACAAUCACAGAAUUUUGACUAUGAUCGCACGUAGGUACCUCCUAGGAAUAGACGGGGUGGAAAAGAAUUACAAAAAAGCACUCGCUUAUCUAAGCAAAGCGGCAAGGUAUGAUAACUCUGAGGCCAUAUCCUUAUUAGGAUAUAUUCAUCUCCUAGGGUUAGGAGUACAAAUUGACUAUAGGAAAGCUACUGAUUAUUUUAUCAGGGGGAAUAAAUUAAAGGACCCUCUAAGUUCUAAUGGGCUAGGCUAUAUACACUUCUUCGGAUUGGGUAUUUUUAAAAAGAAUCCCCAGUUGGCCUUUUACUAUUUCGAGUUAGCUGCAAAGAGUAGCCUCUCAUCCGCACAGUUCAAUUUAGCCUGCUUAUAUUUAAGUGGUGUCGGAAUUACCCAAUCAUUCCAUAAGGCUUUCUACUGGUUUUAUAAGUCGCUAAAUAAUGGAAAUGUUCUAGCUGCGUAUGUUAUAGGCUUUAUGCACUACAAUGGGAUCAUCAGCAACCGAAACUGUAAUGUAGCCUUGUCUCUGCUUGCCAAGGUGGCUGAAAAUAACUCCUUCAUUCUGAGCACCUCCAAUAGGAUUAUUCGAUAUACAGAAAAGGGCAGAAUGAAGGAGGCUCUGUUUCUCAUGGCGCAACUCGCCGAAACGGGCAACGUCCAGGCUCAGAUAGGCAUAUCUCAAAAUAUUAACAACGCGCAGUUUGCUCUCUUCUUACCCCCCAAUGAUAAAGCGAAGAAGGUUUAUGCCAGCAGGUUCCUCGCUAUGGCGUCAGAGAACAACGACUUUAAAUCGCUUUUCACGCUUGGAGAUUAUGCCUAUCAGGGGCAAGGCUUGUACGUCCGCAUAUUCCCCAAGAAUAACUUGCCCUUCGACGCGCUUUACGACGUCAACGGUGAUGAGUACCUCUUCCGCUCUGGCGCGGCGAAGGAGGGGAAGCAGCCUAAGCAGUCUGACGAGGCUAACCUGUCUGAUGAGGCAAAGAAGGCUAACCUGUCUGAUGAGGCAAAGAAGGCUAACCUGUCUGAUGAGGCAAAGAAGGCUAACCUGUCUGACGAGGCGAAGAAGGCUAACCUGUCUGACGAAAUAAUCUCCGCCGACUUCGUCGACGAAGAGGGCCUCAUCUUUAACGACCGCUGGCGAUUCAACUACGGAUUAAAGUUCUCCUUUAACGAGGUGGACUACCACCUAGCAUAUCACCAUUACAAAAGCAUUAUUUCGUACUACCCCAACAACUUUUACGUCAUUCAAACCAUAUCACACGCCUGCUACAAUUUAGGCUUCAUGCAUUAUUACGGCAUAGGGGUGGCUAAGAAUAUUCAGAAGGCUCUAGUCUAUUUCAAUUCCUCCAUUAAAAUUUACCCCACACAUAAGACCCCCUCCGUUUUGUUUGUCCUCUAUAUAAAAUUUAACAAACAUCUGUAUAACUUCAAGAAGAAGUUUCAGCACCUCAAGGGCUUCCUGCCCCUCUAA